AUGGAGUGGAGAAACCUUCCAACGGAUUUGGUAGAGGAUAUACUCUCUAGGAUUCCAGCUAUAACUCUGGCAAGAUUUCGAUCAACAUCAAAACAAUGGAGCGCUAUAUUGAAAUCCACUAGCUUUGCUAAGAUGCACACUGCCAAAGCACAAAAGAGGGAGGAUGAGUCUCUGAACAUCAUGUUGAUUGAUUCUAAUGUUUUCCAAGUAAGGAUCAGUCUCGGUGCUCCAUAUGUUAAGGUUGCAGAUAAUCCAUUCUACCUUAAAGACCCCCUUUCUAAUUCUUCAAGAGUUGGUGUACUUAAUCUCUUUCACUGCGACGGCUUGUUGCUAUGCACCACAAAGGACAAGAGACUCGUGGUUUGGAAUCCAUGUUCAGGGGAAACCACGUGGAUCAAACCUAGAGACAUCUACAGAGAAUCAGACUACUAUGCUCUCGGUUACACUUACGACAGCAAAUCAUCCAGCAAGCAAUAUAAAAUCUUGAGGGUGGAUCGUCAUAAAGAUGUACCACCUAAUAAUGAGUACGAGAUUUAUGACUUCACCUCUAACACUUGGAGAAUUCUUGGGGUUGCUACUGAUUGGUUUUUAGCACUAUAUCGUCGUGGCAUAUCAGUGAAGGGAAAUACUUUUUGGAUUGCUACUCAAGCAUGGAGUCCACAUAACAAUUUCUUACUUAGUUUUGAUUUUUCAGCAGAGAUGUUUCAAAGUCUAUCUCUUCCUCGUCCGUUUCCGUAUAGUAUAUUGGCUUUAUCUGUGGUUAGAGAAGAGCAACUUUGUCUCUUAUCUUUAACGAAGAAAGAGUUACAAGUGUGUGUGACAACUAGUACCGGAUCAUGGAGUCAGCUCCUAGAUGUGACCUUUGAAUAUGAGAUAAGUAGUAGUCAGUUUUCUAAAGGGAUGAGUUUCCUGGCAGACAAGCAGAGCAAGGUUGUAAGGUGUUUGAACUCCGACAACGUCGUAUACACUGUGCAAGAAAAUAAACACAUACAAGUGAAUCGGCUUGGAAAAGGCAAAAGGGAAAGCAUCACGCAUGAUAAUUUUGAGUCUAGCUCAGUUCUUCUGAAUUAUGCUCCAAGUUUAACUCAAACCCAACAAGAUUAUACAUGCAAAAGGAAAUCACCAAGUACGUGA